AAUAAACGUGUGUUUUAUCGAUGAUAUUUGGUUUGCUUGUUUAACCAAAAGUAACAAUAUGCUCAUGCUUGGCGUGGUCAUAGCGGUAGUUGGUAGUGUUUCAAUGUUUAAUCUGGAAACGCGUCAGAUCUUAGAUAAACACGGCCUACCGGGUUCAUACUUUGGUUAUUCAGUUGCUGGGCAUAGUCAACGUGGUACUGGAAACAUAACAAAAUGGAUCCUCGUAGGAGCUCCUCUAGGUCAAAACGUACAACCAGCAUCAAACCGCUCUGGUGCUCUGUUUCGAUGUCCUAUCACAGUAGCACAUAACGAUUGCGUACAAGUUGUUACAGAUGGCUACAGAACUUCUUCCGGAAGGUAUGAACAGUUUCCAAUAUACGAGUCCAAAAGACAGUCAGAUGAUAUAGACGAUGAAAAUAACAAUGACGGUUUCUUGCCGGAGCAACGCCUGGAACCUCCAGGACUAGAUGAAAUCAAAACCAACCAGUGGCUCGGAGUUACUGUGGAAACGGGGGGUAAAGAAAACAAGUUGAAGUAUGCCGCGGACGUUCCAUUGAACGUGAGCAUCAACAAUAUGCAUUCUGUCAGUCAGGAACAUCUGGUGCUGUUCUGGCAGAUGGCACCGCCCUGA